UCUCUCUCUCUCAAAAAGUUCACUACUUUUAUUAGCUUUCAUCACUUCUCACAGAAGAAGAUAGUUUUUUUUUCUUUUCUGCUGAUGGCUGCAUCAAAUGAUUUGAAAAGCUGAGUCAAAUCAGAAGAAGAAAGAAUUAUUUUUAUAGAAAAUUAUAAUAAUAAUCAAAAAUAUUAUUCCCAAGAUUAGUUGGUGUUUGUUUAUUGUGAAGAAAAAAAAUAACUAAAAAGAAGAGAAAUGGCAUCUUAUUUUCAUGGAAAUUCAGAAAUACAAACAGGAAAUGAUGGAUUGCAAACUCUAAUACUGAUGAAUCCUAGCUAUGUUGGAUUUUCUGAAACACAACAUCAUCACGCGCCGCCGCCGCCAGGUGGAAGCAGCAGCAACAUCGUUUUUUUCAAUUCCAAUCCUCCGGGAAAUUCAAUAAACUUAUCUCACGCACCACCACCUCUACCGCCACCACCACCACCUUCGCAGCAAUUUGUAGGUAUACCUCUCACCACCACCGCCUUCACCGCCCCUUCUCAAGAUACCGGUAAUAACAACAACAACAACGAGUCAAUUUCCGCCCUUCAUGGCUUCCUAGCUCGAUCGUCCCAGUACGGUUUUUACAACACGUCUAAUGACAUCACGGUGGCGCGUGAUAUAACACGCGCUCAUCAUAAUCAGCAGCAAGGGCUUUCACUUAGCCUCUCGUCCCAGCAGCCAGGUUUCGGGAACUUUAUGGCGGCGCGUGAGAUCGUUUCUUCACCUACAGCUUCGGCUUCUGCUUCGGCUUCUGGGGUACUACAACAACAACAGCAGAGUAUUACUAGUGUGCCUUUGAGUUCAAAAUACAUGAAGGCAGCACAAGAGCUACUUGAUGAAGUUGUUAAUGUUGGAAAAUCAAUGAAAACUACUAAUAGUACUGAAGUUGUUAAUAAUGAUGUCAAGAAAUCGAAGAAAAUUGCCACGGUAACCGAUAUGGAGGGACAGUUAGAUGGAGGAGAGGGGGACAGUGCAGCAGCAGCAGAGUUAAGUACAGCAGAGAGGCAAGAAAUUCAGAUGAAGAAAGCAAAACUUGUUAACAUGCUUGAUGAGGUGGAGCAGAGGUACAGACAUUAUCAUCACCAAAUGCAGUCAGUGAUACAUUGGUUGGAGCAAGCUGCUGGCAUUGGAUCAGCAAAAACAUACACAGCAUUGGCCUUGCAGACGAUUUCGAAGCAAUUUAGGUGUCUUAAGGACGCGAUAAUUGGCCAAAUACGAUCUGCAAGCAAGACGUUAGGCGAAGAGGAUAGUUUGGGAGGGAAGAUUGAAGGUUCAAGACUUAAAUUUGUUGACAAUCAGCUUAGACAACAAAGGGCUUUGCAACAAUUGGGAAUGAUCCAGCAUAAUGCUUGGAGACCUCAGAGAGGAUUGCCCGAACGAGCUGUUUCUGUUCUUCGCGCUUGGCUCUUUGAACAUUUCCUCCAUCCUUAUCCCAAGGAUUCAGACAAAAUGAUGCUAGCAAAACAAACAGGGCUAACUAGGAGUCAGGUGUCGAAUUGGUUCAUCAAUGCCCGAGUUCGUCUUUGGAAGCCAAUGGUGGAAGAGAUGUACUUGGAAGAGAUCAAAGAACACGAACAGAACGGAUCGGGUCAAGAAAAGACGAGCAAAUUAGGCGAACAGAACGAAGAUUCAACAACAUCAAGAUCAAUUGCUACACAAGACAAAAGCCCUGGUUCAGAUAGCCAAAACAAGAGCUUUGUCUCAAAACAGGACAAUCAUCUGGCAAACCAACACAACCCUGCUUCACCAAUGCCAAUGUCCAAUGCCACUUCCAUAUCGCCUAUCGGUGUGAGCAUCCGUAAUCAGUCUGCUGGUUUCAACCUCAUCGGAUCACCAGAGAUCGAAAGCAUCAACAUUACUCAAGGAAGUCCAAAGAAACCUAGGAACAAUGAGAUGUUGCAUUCGCCAAACAGCGUUCCAUCCAUCAACAUGGAUGUAAAGCCUAGCGAGGAACAAAUGUCGAUGAAGUUUGGGGACGAUAGGCAGGACAGAGACGGAUUCUCACUAAUGGGAGGAGGACCGAUGAACUUCAUGGGAGGAUUCGGGGCCUAUCCCAUUGGAGAAAUUGCUCGGUUUAGCACCGAGCAAUUCUCAGCACCAUACUCAGCCAGUGGCACAGUUUCACUCACUCUUGGCCUACCACAUAAUGAAAAUCUCUCAAUGUCAUCAACACACCACAGUUUCCUUCCAAUUCCCACACAAAACAUCCAAAUUGGAAGAGGAGUAGAAAUUGGUGAAGCAAAUCAUGAGUUUGGUAGCCUAAACACACCAACAUCAGCUCACUCAACAACAAGUGUUUACGAAAACUUCAACAUUCAAAACAGAAAGAGGUUUGCUGCACCCUUGUUACCAGAUUUUGUUGCCUGACAAAAAUAAGAAUUUAGUGACAUACAACUUCUGUCGAUAAACAAGAACAGGAAUUAGCGACAGAUAACUUUUGUCGCCAAACAAGAACAGGAAUUAGCGACAGAUAACUCAUGUUGCUAAACAAGAACAUGAAUUAGCGACGGACAACUUUUGUUGCUGAACAACGAAAAACCCGUCUUUAGUAUAUUGUUUUCUCUUCUAUUUCCUUAUGUAUUAGGAAAGAAGGGAAUUAUAUCAUCAUGAUAGUGUAAAGAAUCAAGAAACAAGUUUUACAUAGUUGCAUAGUCCUAUACAUUUGGAGAUGAAGAACCAUUUAAGUUCUUCAAAAUAGGUAGAUUUUCUAGGCUACUUCUAGAAGAUAUAUAUGGUUGAUGGUUUGUAUAUUAAUUUUGUUGCUGCAGAUAGCCAUAGUUAAAUUGGGCUUGUUAUAUUGGAUAUGGAAAAAAAAUCUAGUUAUUUUGGGUGGUAUAAAAAAAUAAUACUCCAUCCAUUUUAGCCAA